AUGUGUCCUGUAUGCUGGUUCUGUGUGCUUUACUCUAGUGAAACCAACCUGAAAGUGAAGCAGGCUCUCCAGGUUACUGGUGAAAUGGAAAAUGACUUGAAUCAGCUUUCUGCCUUUGAUGGAGAAGUGAGGUGUGAUGCUCCCAAUAACAAGCUGGGCAGAUUCACAGGAGUACUAAGUUAUAAGGGGAAAAACCACCUCCUGGACCUUGAUAAGCUGCUGCUCCGAGGAUGCGUCAUCAGGAAUACAGAUUGGUGCUAUGGCUUAGUGAUUUAUACUGGGCCAGACACCAAAUUAAUGCAGAACAGUGGAAAAACCUCUUUUAAACGGACACAAAUAGACCAUCUCAUGAAUGUCCUUGUGCUCUGGUGUUGA